GAAAUUUCAACCUGGAAUCUGAUCCGUGGUAGCUUAAACGUUUACGAAACUCGGGGUAUUUUCUCAAGGAGAAGAUAGACGGGGGUAAAAUAUCUUUCAUUUAAUCGUACCUUAAUGAAGAAAAUAACGAGAUCAAGAUCCGUAUAGAUCUUUUUAACCUUUUUGUUACCAUUGUUUAAGGAAAAAAUUACUGUUCACAGCUCAAGUUCCAAAUUUUCAACAUGUUGCGUAAUAUGAUAUAUAUUUUUACGUAUAUAAUAAUAGAAAAUGGUAACUAGGCAAUACAUGCUGCACUUAGAAUGCGGCACAUACAUAUGCGUGACGCCUGGGGCUGUAGAAAGCAAUAGGGCGUCACAUAUGUGAGACACGUGGCAGCGAAAGAGCUAAUUAAUAUUUAACUAUUCUCUAUCCUUUUAUACAGACCUGUCUAUACACCCAACCACCCUUUUCCAAGUUACCUUUUCUAAACAAUUUUUAGUCGAAAUAUCUAAAGCUAUAUCUUAAAUUAAUUAUACUUGCUAAUGAUUCGACAUGGUUUUUUCAGAGGAAAAACACAGCGACAAGAACGCACAUUAAUAUCAAGCUAAUACUUUGAUCAACAGCUUACCUGUACAUCGCCAUGAAAGGUAUUUUAGGGGUACAAACUUAACAGGGGUGAAUGAAUGAUUAAACCACCACUUUGGUUUAUGACGGCCGCAAUGGCAGCAGAUAUAGAGUACUUAGUCGUAUUCUUUGUGUAAAUAUUACAUAACUUAAAUGAAGUAGAAGUAUAGUGGCUGAUCCUAGACACUUAACAAAUUUCACUUUCAUUCAUUAAAUGUCAGUCCUAUAUACUAGCGUGUACUCUUAACGUCAUCAGUUUUCUCUUUACAAUGGACAAAGCCACUGUAGUAGACGAGUAUAUGAAAGUAGUGAAGAUAUGCACUAUGAUUAUCGGAAUUUGGCCUGACCAGAGUAAAUCUUCGAAGCUCGUCAUGCGAACGAUUAUAUACAUCAUUAGUGUACUAUCGUUUGUUACGCAGGUACGUAAAAUAAUUUAUAACCAACAAUCUAUACUAAUUUUCUUGGUUCACCAGUAUUUUGUAUGCUACACUAAUUACUAUAACAUCUGUAUUGUAUUGUACAGUAAUCAUCUUUUUAUUGUUUUGUGAUUGUUUAUUCCCUGUGAUUGACCUGUAUGGAUCGUUCGGAAUUGGUUGGCGUUUGCAUGUGCUGUGCCGACUAAUAAAAUUAGCUUAAAGGACCACUCCGUGUUAGAGAUUAAAACUAUGUAUUUCAACAAACAAAUAGAUUAUGCUGUUGACUAAUGGUACAUAAUGAUGAAGGCUAACUAACGAAAGACGAAUGACUGAGAGUGUCAGACGAGUGAUGAUCGAGAGAAGAUAGACAGUUAACGAUCAACGAGUAACUACUCGAGAUGGAUGAUUAGCAACUAACUUAUUCCUAAUAGUCCGAGCGGCUCAUAUUCAAAGAUUCGAGAGAGGCCUUCAAAUGUCACCUACAAAAAUACUAAUUACAUCAAUUAAUGUCUUUCUUGGAACCAUUCAACUUUUAUUUGAAACAUUUCUCGAUAUAAUUAACACUUUCGAAGAUAUUUUAGAUCUUUCACUCUUAGGUGACUCAGCCUGCAUAUGAAAAUAUGUAGGAAGGCAUCUGAUCGCAUGUAUUGGACAUUGAAGAUUAGCCUGUCGCGUAUUUGCAGCAGAUAGAGAUGUGGUACAGCUUUUUAUCCGUAAAAUAGAAAUUAUAUUGUGAUUUGUAUAUCUAUUAUGAUCUUGUAAUCGAUGACGUAGGUAACUGCGUGUAACAAGUCAAUUUGUUAGUCGAGAUAUUUUGCUGUUAGUAAUCGAACUCAGCAAUGAAACAUGAUUAAAUUUCUUAUACUCUGUGAUGUAGGUAUAAGGCCAUAAAAGCGGAGUUUCUAUAUUUAACCAUAUACAUACACAAGGGUAGGUUGUGUUCCGACAGACUAGGUGACUUUUGUUUAUUUAUCUUUAUACUCUCUUUUUUUAUCUCCAAUAAUUUUUACAAUUUGUCCUAAGGAACACUUGACUAAGACAAUUUUGCCAUAACAGUCAGUAGCAUUGGCUUGCGCUUUAACUUGCGUGUUUUUUAACUGCUUUAGUGUAUAAUUGUCUUGAGCAAUUGAUUCUAGAAGAUCUAAUAGAGGCUUAAUAAUAAUUGGCAUCUAUGUAGAUUAGGGGAGGCUUCAGUUGAAUAAUUUUUGUUGCAGCUUUUUUAAAGAGGUUCGUUUGUAAUUUCUGGAAGUAAACUGAAAGAAUUUUGGUACUUCUGGUAACCAUUUAUCUUCAUCUGUUAUUGCAUUUGAGGCGUUUGUAAUUCCUUUUAUAAAUAGCGAAAUUUUACGUUUCGUGCUUAAUGUUGAUUAAGAACCAUUAGCUGACGGUUUAUCAAUUUCCAUUAGGUUCGCUGAAUUUUAACUAUCGUUGUCCUCUUGCUGUUUACAUACUUGCAUUUGUUUCCACUUCAAGUAAUUCUAAGUUGAAAGUUCUCAGUUUAUGUUAUUUCGGCAAUACACUUGCCAAGUGACAAGCCUACUCAACCUGGCUUAUAUUAGCCACUGACUCUAAUAACACACGCACUCACAACACACCGCUAUUGAAAUCUCUUCGUGUAGCAUAUCUUAACAAUAUGAUUGUCAAAGCGCGAUUGCUAUACUAUCAAUAGAAACACAAUGUUUUCUUGUACUCGAUAGAGUGAAGUAUACUGCGAUCGCCGCUUCGCCCAUGCAGACGAUCAACCCUUAGUUGCACCCUCCAGGUUCGUUCGUAGCGUGAUAUGCGUGAUAUGAGCGGGGUAAAGAAUCUGAUCAUUGGUGGAUAGCAACUAUUAGGGUAGUCCCACCAGCUCAACAUGGGCAUUACGAAGUAUAGAGAAUCGUUAGAGUACCCUGAGACUAUCAAUACAUAUUAUCAAUAUUUCAAAAUUCUCAACUAAAAGCAUCUGUGGCGGCACUCGACAGCACAAAUACCACCACUCGACACUAACUAAUAUCGGACAACGGCAGCGCAGUGAUUAGCGCCUUAGGUUACGAACUUUCGGGACCCGGGUUCUCAAAUCCCGUCCGAUUUUUCUUCCACGCAUCUAAAUCAGAAGAAAAAUCAGCAGUAGCCCAGCAGCGAUAUCUACAGCCAGCGCUAUAAUUAUCACGAACAACAUCUACACCUCACAUCAAAAUUACAAUUACAAAUCACAUUUUCGUUGAGAAUAUGGGAUAUCAUGAUUAUAUUAUUGAUUGUUUGAGGGCAACAUUACGUUAGAUGCUGAGCAUCUGAAUUCGCUCUUCAUCUAGAAGCUCUUUGGAAUAUAACUUUACUGGAAACGAACAAUGACCGACCUUUAAUCAAUCAAAUUUUUACCAAGUGCCGGCGAAAAUUUAUGGAAUAGCGGAGUAAAGAUAUAUGACACUUCGUUAUACCAUAAAGUCACAGCAUUUUAAACUUUUUAAUAGCGUUAUAUAUUGAUUCGAAAUUCUUUAUAUGUUAAGUUAAUCGAAUGUUGAUUGUAGAUCGCAAACGUCGUGCAUUUCUUUAACAUGAACGUCCUACUAAACCAGAUUUGUUUUCUCACUGCGUUAAGCGGGGUGUUGUUGAAAGAAGGACUGUACAUUAUCAAAGCUACGGAGUACAAGAUGCUACUUACCGCUAUUUGGAAGGAUUGGUCAACCGAUAGUCACAGUAACGAAUUCCACAUUAUGGCCGAGUACGCCAAAAAGGGAGCACUCCUUUCUUGGUUUGAUUGUGGAAUUGGUGUUGUCUGUAUCGUAAUUUUCUUACAAUUAUUUUUAACGCCAUUAGUUUUGGACAUAAUUUCACCAAUGAACGAAACGCGGGAUUUACUAACCAUUUAUCCAGCUUAUUAUUAUAUCGAUGACCGGAAGUAUCGUACAAUUAUAAAUUUACAUAUGGUGUAUACAUAUAUUUUAGGAAUUAUUGUGUAUGUUGGUUGCGAUACAAGUUAUAUGUGCAUUGUGCAACACGCCUGUGGACAAUUAGCAGUGGCUGGACAUCGUUUCAAGAAUGCGAUUUUUGAUUUGUCUAUUGUCAAUGAAACGAGUGCCAUACAGGAUGAGAUUCAUGAAAGAGUGCUUCGUUCGAUUCGACAACACCAAUAUGCUAUAGAUUACCUGAAAACUAUUCAAAGCAUUCAUUCUACUUAUCUUUGCAUUUGCAUCGGUUUGGUAAUGGUAACUUUCAGCGUCACGUUAGUAAAGGUGAGCUCUUCAACGUACAAAUUCACACAGUUUGACAGUAAUUGUAAAUAUCGUGCUUCAAAACAGGUUGCAGCACAAUCAGAAAUUUCUGCGGAGUUUAUCAAGGACGUUGUAUUUCUCUCAUCUCAAUUGACACACAUAUUUCUAUUAACGAUACAAGGACAAUUCGUACAGAAUGCGAACGAUGAAGUUACCGAAUCAAUAUAUGACGCGUUAUGGUAUAAUUCUAAUAAUAAAACGAAACUAUUGUUUGUAUUAGCACUAAGAAAUUGCUUAAAUCCUCCCACUUUAUCAGCUGCUGGAUUAAUUAUCUUGAAUUUGAAGAGCUUCUCAGAGAUUUUAAAAACAUCUGUUUCAUACUUUACCGUAUUGAAAUCUACGUAAAUCAUAAAAUACUCCCGACAGAGGCAAUGGAAAACAAUACUCCGGAACAAAGAUUAAUGGAUAAAAUAUGAAAAUAAUUACAGUGAUUCUUAUUUCUAAACUACUAACUAUUUUUUGGUUUUACCCCCACUUGGUGAUGCUUGGUGAGAAAAUGAUUUAUGCUAAAUUUCAGAGUGAUUAGACAAUAGGAACAUAUACCACAUAUAAGUUGAAGUUUUCAAGGUUUAAUGUUUUCGCAUUAGUUAUGAGCAUAAUCGUGUUUUGUUGUUUUGGAAAUAUUAAGGAAUAUUUUAAAAUAAAAGCACAAUGUCUAAGAUC